AUUCGAAAAUCUGGACACCUGCAUGAACCAAUUGCACGAAAACGUGUCUUUCUCCACCCAAACCGAAAUGACUACGAAGCCGUUGGUAACAUUGAUCCCCUGGGAUCCCCACUCGCCCGCCCAUAGGAGAUGUCUCUUGGAUCAGCGGGAUGAAUGUGGCUGGGAUCAAGACAAAGUUGAACACAUAUGGAAAGAAAACCAGAUAAAAGGAACCAAAUGCAUAUACUGGAUUGAGACUGAACUGAUUGACACGGCGAUAUCCAUUAAUGGAAGGGCCAGAGUGGGAUCGAAUCAAAAAUUCAAUCCUAUUGGACAUAUCUCUCUAGAUUCACAAAACCCAGGAGUGGAGAAAGUUGGCCUAGAUCUCCCCGAUGAAGGCAUUUUCUGGAUCAAGACAUUUUUUAUCAAAAGAUCGUCACAGAGCAAUGGCGUAGGCCGAGUUGCAAUGGAUGAAGUGGAGUCUAUGGCUACGAGAGAGCCACUUAUGGCGACAACACUGAUGUUGGAUGUGAUCCCAAAGGAGGACGCAAUGAAAGAGGACUUUGCCAUGGCCAAUCAUGGAUGCCUCCCCAAGUUUUCUACCGAGGAAUGGUAUCUGCGGCGAGGGUAUAAACCUCUGAGGACCGUGGAAGACUACUAUGACGUGGUCGACCGGAGUGGUAGGAAAUGGGUUGUGAAAACUGUGUUUAUGAAAAAGGAUAUUCUAUAG